AUGUCUCAAUCAAAGCAGCCCAGGAGCCAAGGAAGAAAGAAAGAGGGCAAGAAUAAACCCAGAGGAGGAGCCAGAGGAGGAGCAGAGAGCUCUACAAGAGACCCUUUUGCUCUCUCGGAAGAGCGUCUGGCGUCGCUUGAUCUGGAGAGUGGUUUGAAUCAACGGAGGGACUACUCUGAAGCUUGCCGCGAGCUGUCUCUCCUGCUCCGCCUCUGCUACACCCUCUCCCCCAAACCCGUGCAAUCCCACCUCUAUUCCCUCGCCCAACAAGCCAUUGCCAACCUCCCCUGCAUGGACGGCACUCUGCACAGAUCAGCAGCGCGCCAGCUCAUCCAGGCGUCCUCUGCUGUCUGCUCCCACUGGAGGGACAUUGCAGCUGCUGCCGAACCUGACUGGGUGACGCACCUCGCUGCUUGCCUCGGUUCCGUGCCUGCUGCCGAGGCCCGGGAGAGCAGGGGCGGGAAGGGCCGGUUUGGAGGGGAGGUGCAGGAGAGACAGACGCUGUUGUGGCAAGAUUUGGUUUCUCGGUGUGCACAGGGUUCGACACUAUCCUCUUUACAGUCCAACCGGGUACUGUGUAAAGAAUGCAGCAUGGUGGCGUGGACACCCAAUUCCGCCCCCACUCCUCCUCCUCACGCUACUACUCCCUCCACCCCCUCGGAUGCACUAUCGCUAGCCACAGCCACUCUCCCUUCUGCUCAGUUUUUCCGGGGCAAAAAUAAGGGCAGGGUUGGUAUUGUUACCUUAGGGAAUAAUAGUACAGGCAUGGGUGUAGGUGCUGUUGCUUCUGGAAGGGGGACGGGAACUGGGGCUUCUCAUGUAGCCAGCGUGCCUGGUGGUUCUUCCGCUGCAGCUGGCAGGGCUUGUAAAGCAGGCUGUGAGGCCGUGGAGGGGUGUGAACCAGCAGACACAUGUGAGUUGCCAAGCAGAGGUGGCAGCAGCGGCAAGGGCAGUGGCAGUGGCGGCAGUGGUUGCAGCAGCAGCGCUGGCAGUGGUGGCAGCAGUGGUGGCAGCAGUGCAGAGAGGUUCUUUGGCCGAACGUGUCGUGUGAGGAGCACAACGAGGCGGGGGUACCGGAUGCAGCAGCACGUGUGGAAGCUCGCUGAAACAGCAAAGGUCAUUGCAGCCCUCUCUGACGAGUUUGAGGGAGAGGAGUCCAGUGACGAGGACGGUGAAGGGGGUGGUAGAGCUGGUUACCAACGCUCCGGUGGAUCUUCUGUGUCACGGUUUUGGUAG